CAGUCGCGCACGCCUGCAGCGUACGGGUCCGCGAGUCUCGGAGAACAGUCCGCCCUCCGGCAAGCCUCAGAGUGGUGCAGAAAGUUGACGACGACGCUAAUCGGCCAAAAAGAAGGCGGGCUCUGCCGCAGCAGGGACGUGCGCCGGGAUGGUUCUCGCUACUCGGAAAGAGUCGCCAAGUUCUCUGAUGCUUGUGCUUUCGC